GGGCCGGGGGCGGGACCGGGCCGCCCGCAGACGUCAGGGACCUGCCGCGCGAGGCCGGCGGCGGCCGCUGCUGCCCGUGGACCCGCGAGCUGGGCCGCGCGUGCGGGCCGCGCCGGGCAGGUCCUCGGCGGCGCGCUCCGGGCCGCCCUGCGGGCCCGCGCCCCCGCGCUCGGUCGGACCGGGCCGGGCCGGACGACCCGGGGGGACCGGGGACCGAUCGGGACCGAGCCCGCGCCGCAGGGCCCGGCCUCCGGCAAGAUGAGCGUCACCUCCUGGUUCCUGGUGAGCAGCAGCGGCACCCGCCACCGCCUUCCGCGCGAGCUCAUCUUCGUGGGGCGUGAUGAGUGCGAGCUCAUGCUGCAGUCCCGCAGCGUGGACAAGCAGCACGCCGUCAUCAACUACGACCGCGACCGCGACGAGCACUGGCUGAAGGAUCUGGGCAGCCUGAACGGGACGUUCGUGAACGACAUGCGUAUCCCGGACCAGAAGUACGUGACGCUGAAGCUCAACGACGUCAUCCGCUUCGGCUACGAUGCCAACAUGUAUGUGCUGGAGCGCGUGCAGCACCGUGUCCCUGAGGAGGCCCUGAGGCACGAGAAGUACACCAGCCAGCUGCAGGUGAGCGUCAAGGGCCUGGCGCCCAAGAAGGGUGAGCCACUGCCGGACCCCAUGCCCUACUGCGAGUCCUCGACCCCCCGGCUGGAGAAGGGCGACCGGAGACCAGGGCCAGAGGUGCUGACCCACCGCACGCCCCUGUACGGGCAGCCCUCCUGGUGGGGGGAGGACGACGGCGGCAGCUCACUUGAGGAGCCCCGCGAGGAGGACCCCUACCCAGAGCGGCCCAAGGAGCCAGCCCAGCAGGACGGGGAGCCCCACGUGCUGGCCGCCGGCCCCGCGUUCCGGCGGGAGCCCAGCUACUUCGAGAUCCCCCGGCAGGAGAGCCCGCCGCAGGCCCGGCCCCCCGAGGCGCCCGCACGGGACAGGGAGCUGGGUGGGGCGGCGCCCGUGGUGCAGAGCCACGCCUCCUUCACCAUCGAGUUCGAUGAGGGCACCCCUGGCAAGCUUAAGAUCAAGGACCACGUCACCAAGUUCUCCGUGCGCCCGCGGCGGCCCCCGGGCCAGGAGGCCGUGUCGGCCGAGGCCAAGGUGGCCGACUGGCUGGUGCAGAGUGACCCCGGCCUCCUGCGCCGGGCUGGCCCCGGGGACGACCAGCACAGCACAAAGAGCGACCUGCCCGUCCCCGCACGCACCCUGAGGGGGCACAAGCACGAGGACGGCACCCAGAGUGACUCCGAGGAUCCCCUGGCCAAGGCGGCCUCGCUGGCGGGGGUCCCCCCGGAGGCUGGCGGGGAGCAGGCCCGGCUGCAGAGGCAGAUCAAGCGGGACCCCCAGGAGCUGCUGCACAACCGGCAAGCCUUCGUCAUCGAGUUCUUCGACGAGGACACGCCCCGUAAGAAGCGCUCCCAGUCCUUCACGCACGCGCCCCCCGGGGACCCCAAGGCCGACAAGCGCCGCGGCCCGGGGCCGGCUGACAAGGACCGCGCAGGCGCUCUGGCUCCGGCCAGGCCGGCGAGCAGUGUCUCGGGAGCCCCGCGUGCCGGCUCACUCAAGCGGGAGAAGACAGAGGAGCGGCUGGGGGGCCCCGCACCCGCCGGCCGGGCCCCCGUGCGUCCGUUCGGCAGCGUGGGCCGCCGCUCGCGCCUGGCCCAGGACUUCGUGGCGCAGUGCCUGCGGGAGAGCUCGCCUAGCCCCCGGCCCGGCCCCGAGCGGGCGCCCCCGGCCCCGCCCGCGCCCCCGCCACUCCGGGGGACCAGCCCUGUGGGCCCCCCGCCGCCGCCGCCAGCCCCCGCCGACCCCCAGCUGGCCAAGGCACGCAAGCAGGAGGAGGACGACAGCCUGAGUGAUGCGGGGACCUACACCAUCGAGACGGAGGCGCAGGACGAGGAGGUGGAGGCGGCCCGCAGGAUGAUCGACCAGGUCUUUGGGGUGCUGGAGGCCCCUGAGCUGUGCAGGGUGCCCUCGGCCGCCUUCCGCCCAGUCAUCAGAGGCGACAGUGAUGCAGCCGGUGACGCGCGCAUGGCCCCACCGUUGGAGCACCAGGGCGGGCCUGCACCGGGCCUCCCCGCAGCCCAGAAGUGGGUGUCCCGCUGGGCCAGCUUAGCCGACAGCUACUCGGACCCAGGGCUGCCAGAGGAUGGCCGCAGGGCCACGGAGCCCGAGGCAGCCCCACCCUCCCGCACGCGGCGGCUCCUCCCACAACUGCCCAGCGAGAGGGGAGACAGCCCGGUGGGCCCUGAGGAUGCCCGGUGGAGUGGGCCCGGGCGGCUGGAGCUGGGCAGUGAGCAAGCUGGCCGCCACCUCGGCCAGGAGGACCUGGACCCUGACAGUCUGAGCGAUGCCAGCGGGUCAGAUGAAGGCCGGGGCCCUGAGCCAGGCAGGGAGCUGCCGGAGAGGCGCGGGAGCCCUGAGGAGGGCCCAGCGUGGCAGAGGGGCCAGCGCUCACCCCGGGCCCUGGGGGAGCCGGUCCCCACCUCGUUCUUCAUCGGGGACCAGAGCGGCAAAACCAGCCUCCCCAGGAAACCGUCGGCGGCUCCGGGGGAGGUGGAGGGCCCCGGGCAGGCGUCCCCACCCCGGGCAGCCCCGCCCAGCGCCCCGGCGCAUGACAGCGUCUACGUCAGCUCCAGCGGGAGGAUGGUCAUCCAGCUGCAGACCCAGCGGCCCCCCGGCCCCAAGGGCUCUGCCCCCGCCGCACCCAGGGAUGCCCUGGCCUUCGCCCGGCAGGAGAGUUUCACCAAGGAGCCGGCCAGUGGCCCGGCUGCCCCUGGCCAGCUGCCCCAUGUUUCCAGCCACCCCCUCCUGCAGGACCUGGCUGUGGCCCGGGCCUCACACCUCGACAUCCACACGCAGGACACCCACCUGAUCUUGAAGGAGACAGAGACAGCUCUGGCGGCCCUGGAGGCCCGGUUCCUGUCCAAGUCCACGGAGGCGCAGGGGCCGGCGGGCAGCAUGCCUGGGCCGCCCCAGGACUCCCUCUCUGGGGACUCGGAUGUGGACACAGCCAGCACCGUCAGCCUGCUCAGUGGCCGUAACGGGCCCAGCCCCACGACCCCCCAGCCGCUGGGGCUGCAGAAGGACAAGCAGCCGUCCCCACCGACGCCACAGGACCCGGGGGGCCCCGCCCUGAGCAGUGCCCGCGAGCAGCUCUCCGAGAGGCAGCGUUGCCUGCCGGGUGCAGGGGAGCCCGGCUGCCAAGAGCCCACACAGCGCCCAGCCGCGCGCCGAGGUCAGGCGCCCCAGGGCCUGCUGGACUGGGUGGAGGAGGACCGCGGCUCCAGCCUUCCCCACCUGCCCAGUGCUGACACCGUCACCUCGGACCAUGAGACACCCUCAGCCACCGGGGCAGGACGGCCGGGGCUGCGCCGGAAACCAGCGGCCCCACCACCGUCCCCAGCCGCCCGCGAAGAGCUGGGCCGUGGCUCGGCCAGCGCCCAGAAGGUGCAGCAGGCGCUGACCCGCUCUAACAGCCUGUCCACCCCCCGGCCCACGCGGGCAUCCCGGCUGAGGCGGGCACGGCUGGGCGACGCCUCGGACACAGAGGCUGUGGACGGCGAGCGUGUGGCCACGGCCAACCCUGAGCCAGCGAGCCGGCCAGCUGCCGAGCAGGCCAAGAAGCUGUCGCGCCUGGACAUCCUCGCCAUGCCUCGCAAGCGGGCUGGCUCCUUCACGGGGCCCAGCGACGCCGAGGCCACCCCUGCCCGCACGGGCUUCUCCGGCCGUAGCGUCGACCUGUGCUGUACUGGCCGCAAGCCCACCAUAGCCGAGGCACGAGCUGCGGCCAGGAAAACCGCUGCCACCGCUGCUGCCACCUCUCGCCAGCCCUUCAGCCGAGCACGCUCGGGCAGCGCCAGAUACCCUUCCUCCACUCGUCGCCGGCAGCAAGGCUCGGACUACACGUCCACCUCCGAGGAGGAGUACGGCUCGCACCACGGCUCCCCCAAGCACGCGCGCGCCCACGUCCCCGCAGCCGUGCAGAGCCCGCGGGCCGGCAGCUCCGGCCGCCCCGGGCCCCGCGCCGCCGGCCCCCGGGACACAGACGACGACGACGAGGACGCCAGCCCCUACGGCUUCAUCGUGCAGACGGCCGAGAUCGCCGAGAUCGCCAGGCUGAGCCAGACGCUGGUGAAGGACGUGGCCAUCCUGGCCAGGGAGAUCCACGACGUGGCUGGGGACGGCGACUCUCCGGGCUCCCCAGGGCCCACCCGCAGCCCCUCCCUCGGCAGCGUGCCCAGCACCCCCGCCUCCACCAUCUCUGCCCGUGAGGAGCUGGUGCAGCGCAUCCCCGAGGCCAGCAUCCACUUCCAGAAGGUGCCGCCCAGCGCCCUGAGCUCCCGGGGCUUCGACCAGAACAUGAACGCCUGCCGCGAGGAGCACCCCCCCUCCAAGACCAGGCCCCGGAACCGCGAGGAGGUGAUCUUCGAUAACCUGAUGCUGAACCCCGUGUCCCAGCUGUCACAGGCCAUCCGCGAGAACACCGAGCAUCUGGCUGAAAAGAUGAAGAUCCUUUUCCAGAACACGGGGCGUGCCUGGGAGGAGUUAGAGGCCCGGCUCAACGUGGAGAACGAGGUGCCCAUCCUGAAGACGUCCAACAAGGAAAUCAGCUCCAUCCUGAAAGAACUGAGGCGUGUGCAGAAGCAGCUGGAAGUCAUCAACGCCAUCGUGGACCCCAGUGGGAACCUGGAGCUGCUGACGGCGGGCAGGAGCCCCACAGGACCGCCACAGCCGGCGCCUGGGAAGAGCCGGGCCAGGGUCCAGACCCCGUCGCCCCCCUUGGCGGAGACCCUGCCGCCAGUCCCAAGGGGCUUCCUGCAGCGCAGCACCUGUGGCUCCCCCGGCCUCCCAGAGCCCGUCUUCCUGCCCGACGUGGAGCGGUUCCUGAUCUAGGCCCGGGGCCUCGGGGGGCCACCCGCUCACCCGUCCCUGCAGCACGGUCCCCACCAAGCUCCCGCGUGUGCCACAGCCCUGGGAGCUGGCACCCCCACCCGCCCUGCCCCCGGCUGCCAGCCCCCACUCCUGCCGGAUGCCUGGCCCGCGGCCUCGGGGCCAAGGGCGAGCCGUCGUGGGCCCCUGUCCCUGCCCCAUCUCCGUCCCUGUUGUUUUGUCUUCAGCUUUAAAGGGAAGAGUAGUUUGUGCCAUGCCGCACCUCCCUCCUGGCCUGGCAGGGCCCCCGCCCAGCCCACGGGCUCGAAGGGGCACUCUGCUGGGCAGUGUCAGCUCAGAGGCCUGGGCACUUACCCGCCGUGUCCUGGCAUGCUGGCCCGGGCUGGGUCGUGGGCUUGUUCAGUGCCAAAUGCCGAGCUGGGAGGGGUUGUGCUCGGCCCCGGGGCCGCCAGGGGGUGGGGGCGGGCAGGGCCAGGUAGGCUGCUCUCUGCCCGGCAGCCCCGUAGCGCCCACUUGGGCCCAGGCCCAGCGGCCCCAAGUCCAGCUGCCCUGGGCAGGGACAAGGCCUGUGGGGAUGUUUGGGCAGGACCCCCCCCCCACCCCAUUUUGAGUCUCUGGUGCCAAGACAACUGCCAAAGCCACCGAGCUUGUGGGCUGAGGGGCUCUUGGGCCGGCCAAGCCAGGGGGCUCAGAGCCAGCUGGGCACAAGGUGCACACAUGGACACACUUGCACACUCACCCCCCACAUUUACCUAUGUGCACACCCACACGCAACCAAGCACACAUCCACAUCUGUGCAGUGCACACUCACCAUGCACACACACACACACCUGUGCACUCAACAUGCACUCGCACCCAUGCACACACCGCACAGCUCAUCUGUGUGCACACACACUCACAUGGGCAUUCACCCAUGUGCACACUUACCUGCACACACUCACCCUUGCACAUAGCCAGCCCUUACACGCACACUGUGCUGCACCCCACAUCUGCCUGGCUUGUCCCUGAGGGGGACCUGGGCCUUUGCACGUGGGCUCCCUGCAGGUGGAGGUGAGUGCUAGACCAAAGCGGUGGGAAACCAGGCUUCCGGAAGCUCUCAGCUGGGUGGCCCGACAGCUCCCCGCCCCUCCGCCCCGCCCUCCUCCCGUGGAUGCCGCAGGCACUGGGUGGCUUCUGCGACGGGCCGGCGGGCUCCUGGGCUCUUGGGCCGGCUGGGCAGGAGGGAUGGCCCCGGGAGCAGCUCCUUUUUCUCAGGAUUCCUUCAGCUGGGGACGUGCCAGGGGAGCAGAGAUUUCUGGAGCCUCUAAGCCAAAGAGCCCGGCGGCCGUGUGGGUGGGGAGGGGGCGGCGUCCUGCCCUGCCCGCCGAGGGGAGCCUGCAGAGGGUCGGAGGGUCGGGAGCCCGGGCUCCUGUUUACGUUCAGCUGGGUGCAGCCGGCUCCGUCCUGCCGGCCCCCGUCGUGCCCGCCCCCGGCCCACCCGAUGUUUACGCGUGUGCGGGUGGGAGCGGGUCCCCGGCCACCCCGCGAGCUGUCCGAGUGGAGGAGGUGCCAGCCUGGCCCCCAGGCCCCUUGCAUGCCCCGCCCCGUCGCCCACCGCGGCCCGGACCCCGGGAACAACCAGUGGCCGUUCUUCGUCUCAGACUUUCUUUUCCUCCUCCUCCCUGUCCCUGGUGAUUGCUGGACACUUUUUUUUUAAUUCACAAAUUUGUGUUCUCCCCACGUUGAGUUCUCUUUUCUCCCCCUCCACCCCUCGAUUUGGGGUUGGUAACUUAUUUUUCUGGCUUCUCAGAGGUGUUGUUAUAUAUUUGUUCUCAGGUGGUCUUGUGGAUGUCUUUCAGAAAUUAUUUUAUAUGAUUUGUCAUGGAAUUUGUUCCAGUAAAUCAUUCUUCUAUUACAUGGCAGCAUAACGGUGCCAGUCA